AUCGCCGCGGAUCCUCAGACCCGGAGGCAGCAGCUGCGUCUCAUCCUCUUCCUCCUCCUCACUCUUCAACACCGACUAGCCGGUCCGCAGGGCGACAUACCCGGCGGGGAAACGUGCAACAUGCCCGCUGAGCAGCUCCAGCCGGGCCCGGUGUCGGUUUUUCCACUUCUGGCGGGAUUUAGGUGGUCAAGCGGACGGAGACUCCCGAUGGAUCCGAAGCGCAGAGAGCUGUAAGUUGGAGGCGGGAAAACUGGAAAACUUCUUCUCCGGAACAGAUUUCUGUAUUUUGAUGAACAUGCUGUGGCGGAGGGAAUCACCCCGGGCAUCUGCUGCUGCUCCUGCCGGCCGCAGCUGCGGACCGUGACCCGCAGGGGAGCGCGGCGAGGACCCCGGCAGCUUCACCCGGAGAGUGCCGGGAAGGGAAAACAAAACAUCUUAGCUGCUGCUGCCUUUAAAAUCUUCUCCACGGUGGAUUUGUCACUUCAGGCUCGUGCGUGAUUUCAUAGCCUAUCCCGGAGAUGCCAGCCGUCUCUGGUCUCCGUCCUCCUGUGGAUCGGAUCGGGAUGGAUGUGGCGCAGUGAGGAGGCACCAGCCUGCGGAUAAUCACAGUUUGGACUUUUUGGUUCCCCCGCGUGCGGCUCGCGGCUCUCCCUCAUGCAGCUCCUCCGGCUGGCCUGGGCUCUGACUGCCGCUGCGGUCUGCUUCCUGCUCCUCCUGAUCCUCCACAACCACAUCCUGAGAGAAGGUCAGCUGGCGGCGGGGACCUGUGAAGUCGUCACUCUGGACCGGGACAGCAGCCAGCCGAGGAGGACCAUCGCCCGACAGACGGCCCGCUGCGCCUGCAGGAAGGGACAGAUCGCCGGGACGACCCGAGCCAGACCGGCCUGCGUCGACGUUGGUAUCGUGUGGACUCGACAGUGGUGCGAGAUGUCUCCGUGUUUGGACGAUGAAGGCUGCGGUCUCCUGGUCAAUCAGUCAGGCUGGACCUGCACGCAACCAGGAGGCCGAGUCAAGACCACCACGGUCUCCUGACAGCGGCGGCAAGGACACACACUCCGCAGAGAGAGAGAGAGACUGGUUCCCAUCGUCCAUCGCCCAUCCGUCAUCACCAAGCGCACCAAUCAUCAGCCGCUAACAGAGCCAAGGGCCGGGGCCGGGGAGUCGUCACUUCCUGCCUCAUGCUUGGGCGAACUGUGCAAACUCCAGCCUGAAGUUCUUCUUCUUUCUGGAGGAAAAACAACCGUGUUUAUUUUCCAGGAGAUUUAGAAAAAAAAGAGGAAUAUUAUGACGAGCUGCUGUAUGGAUUUGUUUUUCGUUUGGCAACAAACUCUGUUUCUUUUUACAGACCAAAGAUGAACAGAGCCGACGAUGAGACGUUUAAAAAAAAAAAAAAAAAAAACAUAUCUCUGUAAAGAAACAAACACAUUGUGAUAUUACACAGUAAGUGACUUAACUGAGCAAAGUUAAAUUGUACAUGACUUAAUGAUAAAAACAUGUAUCAGUGUGAGGAGAGCUGUCGAUGUUUCUGUCGGGACAGUUCAGAUGUUCACGUGCCAAACAUCAGUCGGGUGGAGAAGGUGAAAAAAACUAAUGAGGCAUUUUUAUGAUGAGAACAUUAAACAUUGUGCAUUUUUAUCAGAAACUGAAGACACAUUUUCAAGUUUGGAGUCAACCAGGGCAGGAAAAAAAAAUCAGUGGUGGAAUGUUACUUUACUUUUACUCAAGUACUGUACCUAAGUAACAUUUUUAGAGUAGUGGUACUUAACUAUUUUCUUUUCAUGCCACUUUAGAGUAUAUCCCACUUAUUAUCCCACAAUAUUGUACUUUUUACUUCACUACAUUUAUUUGACACCUGUAAUUACCUUACAAAUUAAG